UUCUAGGGCUUCUUCAUCAUUCCCAUUCUGAUAAAACCAUAAAUAAAAAACCUACUAUAAAAACACAAUCAAAACAUCAAAAUUUAUUGGGCUUCUUCUUCGCUCCCAUUGCUAAGUAUUCAGCUAGUCGGAAAUUGUUGUACAAUGUCGAAAAAUAGUUGUUCGUCGAAGAGGAUCUGCCGAUGUGGGGACGUUGCUAAUCACUUUACUUCAAAAACUCUCUUAAACCCUGGUAUAAGAUUUUACAAAUGUCCUAAACCUGAGAGUGAAGGAUGUGGGUUUUGGGAAUGGCAUGAUGAAGAGUAUCCUGAUGCUGCUUUAAUUGCAAUUAAUAAUGUAAGAUUAGAAGCUGCAAAUCGCGUGAUUAAGAUAUUGAAUGGUUCUUUGGAAGUUCUUAAGGUUGAAAGAGACGGGCUGACUGAAAAGAUUGAACUCAUAGAUUCUAUGAAGAAUUUUGAAGUUAAAAAAAUAUGGAAUUGGGAGCAAAAGUGGUGAAGUUGAAGAUGAUCAUCACAAUUUUAUGCUCGCUAAUAGUUGGAUUUCCAUUCUCCUAUAUAAUGAAGUGAAAUUAUGUUGAGAGUAGUUUGUAGAAGGGGAAUGUUGUAUUUACAGUUGAAUAUUGGAAUGUUGA